AAGUGGUGUAAACGGUGAAUAUUGAGCAGAAUUCCACAUCCCACAGAAGACAGCUGCGAUUUCUGUGGCUCAAAACAGCCUCCUCUGGCAGAGGUUUUGUCUUGCUCACGGCGAAUGCUGUUGGAUUUUCCCAAUGGAUCCCAAUCAGUCAGAAACUGGUGGACCAGAGGACUUGGAGGAUGAGGAAGGCCCAACAGCACCCCCUAUUGAAAUGCUGGACAAUAUAAGGGGCUACGAGGGAACUGUUGUAGGUGGAGAUGAAAACUAUGUCUCUCCACCAACUCAUCCGUCUGACAAGAGGGAGCAACCUCAGCGACAGCUGGAGUGGAGAAUUCCAUCCAUCACUGAAGAGGCAGCGCGAGAGGCAUUGACACAGUUUGCUGAUGCUCACUGCUGUUAUAGCAGACACCCUGCCCAAGACAUGGUCUUUCAGGAUCUCACACCAUUUAACAUGUACAGGUAUCGACUGGAGACUUUCACUGAAACCCGGUCAACUGAAUGGGCACAUAAGCCGUUUACUGGUCAGCUUGUCGACAGUGCUGAAUGUGGAUCUCCACCCCUUCCAUGGGAAGUGGUUGUUGAGACCCCACCAAUGUUUCAGGAUUCUGUAAAGAAAGUUCCGGUUCCUCACACUGCAGCUGUCAAGUGUUGCCACAAGUGCAAGGGCCGGGGGAGAUAUAGAUGUUCACAGUGUGGUGGUAAAGGAAUGUUUUUUUUUAAAAUGCAGCUCAAAUGUCUGCCAUGUGGUAGCCGAGGAGUAGUACACAGAAAUAAGAGGUGCAUCCAGUGCGGAGGGAGAGGGAUGAAAAGGUGUGGCCCUUGUCUAGGCCGAGGCACCCGGACCUGCCAUGUCUGCAAGACCAGUGGCCAUUUGCUCUUCUACAUACAGCUAACAGUAAAAUGGACCAAUAAUGUCUUUGAACAAGUGGCUGACCAACAAAUUGGACUUCCUGUGGCACUCUUCAAUGAAGUGACUGGACAGAAUGUGUUUGCUGAUGAAAGCUAUCGAGUCUACACUAUAGUUGGUUUUCCAGACUCUUUAAUUGAUCGGAUUUCCCAGCAAGGUGUUCAAGAACACCAGGAAAAGUUUGGCAGAACAGCAUGUAUACUUCAGCAGCGACAGACAAUUGAAUUGAUUCCUGUAACUAAGGUGCACUUCCAGUGGAAAGGACAAGAGAACAGUUACUUUGUGUAUGGCACAGAAAACAAUGUCUAUGCUCCAGACUAUCCCAGCAAAUGCCAGUGUACCAUUCUCUGAUCGCCAGCCUUCAGCAUCCUUCUAAGGAAAACCUUAACCUGGGCCACUCUGCCUCACACACCCCCAAGUGUGCAGCAAGCUCAGAGAAAGGGGAUGAGGAAUGUUGGUCAGGGGAGGGUCUAAGAGUUUUCAAUAUUAUUGAGAAGAAUAAAGGGUUGGUUCUUUGCUUGUUAGGACCAUUACAUCUUCCUCAAUAACACUGGCACAAAGCAGGUUAAUCAGUUAAACACCUCUUUGCCAAUUGCAAGUUUUUGAAGCUGGUUAAUCGAUCAUGGCUACAGAGGUAUUUUGGUAGCAUAAUUUGGAUGGGGUUGGUGUAGAUCUCACACGACAGCUUAAGCCAAAUGAUAACGAGUCAAAAGCCAGUUCCAUAUAUCUCCUGAUCUCAAUCCUCAAUAGAAAUUACAUUUGGAGGAGCUGUAAGCCAAGGUAGCCAGAACCAGGACCUAUGCUAUGGAAAAAAGACAUAUCAUUUAAUUGUAAAGUACUCUCUGAACUUCCUACUCCUAUAAAGUCCUAUUGUUCUCUGUGAAUGUUAAGGCACAGUUUACACUACAGUAGAUUUGGAGUCUGUGAUCCUGGCAUACGGGCGCCACUUGUAGACCUCAGGGUCCAAUAAAUUGUGUCACAUGUUUACUGGUGUCUAAGUAAAUGAAUGCGUGUGGUAUAAAUUAAUACCAUUCACUUUAUAAAUAAAGAUUAGUUUAUUAAUAGUCUAUUAGUGUUUUAUCUUAGCAUUGUCGAGCACAUUGCCAUGCGUAUAUAAUAGUGGCAGUGAGCCCAAGUUUCCAUCCAGCAGAUGCUUCCUGCUGUUUUACCCUGUCAGCCUGAAUGUCUUGUUUACAUGUUAAUCUCUGACAAGCCCCUUCACCAGCCUCCGUCCUCAUGCUGCAUUUAUAUCACAACAGCCACACGUAGUGACAGCACUGAUCCCAGCCAGAAUGAGAUGAUUACAUGGGCGACCUUUACUGCUGUAAAGCAACUGGGAUUUAUUUUCUGGUCAGACUUUGUGCUCUGUGACUAUCCUCCACCUCCUACAAUUUGCAAAAGUAAAAUCCUACAGCACACAGGACACUCUGCUGUAUUUUUAGUCAUAGAUUCAAACAUUCUCAAGCCCAACCCCACCUACUCAUUGGUUGAUACAUAGGUGACUCUGGAGGCAGUGCUGUAAUAUAACUGGGCUAGUUCCUGCUGCUAUGUAGUUAUGGCCUCUUAGUUGUGGCCUAAGAGUAUCCUCAAUGUUAAUGCCAGCUAUUUGGAUUUGGCUAUGGGUUUGGCAAUGCUUUGAGACUGCCUCUAGAGGGCUGAAAUGUGCUUUUGCAUUCUUAGUAAAUAAGACCCUUCCUUAACAUCUGUCCUAAAACUUAAAAUUGUCAUAAAGAAUCUUGAAGCUCCUACUCAAGAGUUUAAGAACAAAAUCUGGGCUGACAUCCCAGUACAGUACCAAGGGUGUUGUCAGAGCCAUAUUUUCUAUGAAUGUUAAACUGGAAGCCCAUCCACACUCUUGGGUGGAAAAAAAGAUUUGAUAGCACUGUUUGAAAGAAGAGCGGGGUUUGACUUCAGUAUCUGGCAGCAGCCAUGGAGAGAGAAAAACAAAGUUAACUUUAAGUGUGAUAUGACUUUUCAUACUGUGUGUUUCAAAUUUGCAGCAUCUACAGUAUUUUGCUUUUAUUUGACUCGCAACAUCUGUAUUAGAUCUCAUUGUCAGUUUGUCUGUAUGCCUUUAACAGACGUGCUCAUGAUAUCAUCAUUGUAUCAUAGCAUGUAAUCUGAAGGUAUAAAGAUCUCCUAUUAAUCUUAUCUUGGAUAAUUUCAGACAUGACCCUCUACUGGAAGCAUGCUUCUUUGUUGAACCUAAUAAAUAACAUAUA